AUGGUUGCCUUGUUAGGAUCACAUACAAUUGGACAAGCUCAAUGUGUCACAUUCCGUGACAGAAUUUACAACAAUGCCAGUGACAUUGAUGCUGGUUUUGCCAGCACUCGAAGACGCGGUUGCCCUGCUAACCAAGGCGAUGGUAAUUCCAAUUUGGCUCCGCUUGAUUUGGUGACACCGAAUCAAUUGGACAAUAAUUACUUCAAGAACUUGAUUCAGAAGAAGGGUCUUCUUGAAUCUGAUCAAGUUCUCUUCAGCGGAGGAUCAACGGACAGCAUUGUUUCAGAGUACAGUAGCAACCCUUCAAAAUUUCUGUCUGACUUUGCAUCUGCCAUGGUUAAAAUGGGAGAUAUUGAGCCUCUCACUGGUUCUGCUGGACAGAUAAGAAGGAUUUGCAGCGCUGUUAACUAAAAUUCUAGCCUCUGCCAGGAAAUAUUAUUUCAUUUAUAUCUUAUUAAGCAUUUGUUUGUUAAAAAGAACAAUAAAUAGACACCAGGAUUGUCUAUAAUUUUUAAUUUUCACUUCCAUCAAUUGUAAACAAUUAUGAGAUCAAUUUUAAUGUAUUACUUUAUUUCAAGUUUUUCAAACAAA